AAAAAAAAAAAUUACAAGCGGAAACAGCUCAUUGCAGGCGCAACAUUACAGAAUCAACUUUUAAUUCAUUGUACAAGCUAUGUAUACUUACUUACAUGUAUAUUUACUUUAAUCAUAUUUUAUCAUCUGUAGUGUAGUGUAGGCGUUAAAUUUAAAACAUAUUUGCGUUUUUUGAUAAUUGGCGGGUGAUACGAACUCUCCGAAACAGUUUCACGCAGAUCUAGCGCAUAGUGCUACUUGACCACGCAGGGAUAUCAAUUAAGAUUGACUGCGCUACAUUAUAUAGGCUACUUUGGUAUCGCGCAGGGAUGGGCAUCUUUGAUCGCAAGAUAAGUGUAGCUUAUCCAUGAAGUAUACGCUACAUGGCAGCUCCUAAGAACAGACCGCUGUAACCAGCUGGAUCACGCGAGAGUACGAAAUAACGCGAGUUUUUUUCCCGGAAUUUAAUGUUUUGGUUCUUGGCGCGCCGUUCAAAUUUUCAGUGACUAUUGUGAAUGUGGUCCGAGUAAGAUAAGGAGCCAGUCGGUUAUAAAUAAUAUUGAUUAAUCUUUGGUACAAUUAGUUUAAUCUAUAUUUUCUCUUACUCGUAAUUUAUUGACAUUGCAUCUCAGGAUGGCUACUCCUCCGAAGAGAAUAUGUCCGAGUCCAAAUUUUGACAACAGCUUUGAAAAGAGGACAAAGAAGAUUUCUAUUGAAGGAAAUAUCGCUGCUGGCAAGUCGACAUUUGUGCGCAUUUUGGAGCGGGCGUCCGAUGAGUGGGAGGUUAUACCGGAGCCAAUCGGCAAGUGGUGUAAUGUACAGGCCACGAACGAGUACGAGGAGCUCAGCACGUCUCAGAAGAGUGGUGGAAACCUGCUUCAGAUGCUGUACGACAAGCCCAAGCGCUGGUCCUACACCUUCCAGACCUACGCCUGCCUGAGCCGCGUGCGGUCUCAGAUGAAGCCGCCGUCCGCCAAGCUGCAGCAGGCCGAGCGGCCGGUCCAGUUCUUCGAGCGCUCUGUUUACAGUGACCGUUACGUCUUUGCCUCCAACCUGUAUGAGUCUGGGGACAUGAAUGAGACCGAGUGGUCCAUCUACCAGGACUGGCACACAUGGCUUCUAUCCCAGUUUGAGGCAGAGAUCGAGCUCGACGCCAUGAUCUACCUGAGGGCCGACCCACAGAAGUGUAUGCAGAGACUGCAUCAGCGAGGCAGGGAUGAGGAGCAGGGGAUCCCGCUGGAAUACCUGGAGCAGCUGCACUACAAGCACGAGUGCUGGCUGUACCAGCGGAGCACUCGCCUGGACUUCGAGCACCUGAAGGACAUACCCAUCCUGAUCCUCGACGUGAACGAAGAAUUCCAGAAGGACAAAAUAAAGCAGGAGGCCUUACUGGAUAAGGUGACAGAGUUCCUGAGCACGCUAUGAUGUGGGAGUGCCCCAGCCGCGCACACAGGACUGCUUCUUUACAAACCCCACGCCUGCUCUAAACGUUACUUUUGCUGCGCAUGUCCAUGGUGUAAUUAUAUUUGUGUAAAUGUGCUUGUGUGGGACGCUGUCUUGCAGAAUGGGGGAAGGUGAAAAGUUCUCCUUUUGAAAUAACAUUUUUAUUUUUCCAAUCAGAAUUAAAAUAUACAUACUAGACUGGAUAGUUUGAAAUACAGUACUCCCAUUUUUUCUCCCGAAAAUUGAUGGCCCUAAGUGGAAAAAUUCUUUUGGGAGGACGUGAUCCUUGGGGGAAAAAUGUUAGUGUAGCGCCCUGAAUACUUUUUGAAUUUUUUUUUUUUUUUAAUGUAGACAUUCAGAUAUACAAUGAAUUGCCUUUUUUUAAACCUGUUUUAUAUGUUAAAAUUGAGUGAUCUGUAGAUAACUGUACAUACCUUUUUUACCUGAGUGUAAGUUGUGGAGCUGUGCUGCGGUGCCAUAUAGUAGCUUGCAGUUGUACAGACGUGUAUUUAUAUUGCUGUGAUUUUGUAUUAAAACCAUAGCAAGUGUCUGGAGUUUGUUUUUAGUGUCUAAUGCACGUGUGUUAAGUGCUGUAUGUGUGGUAUUCUGGGGUUCCUGGCUGGGAUUAUGAGGUGUUCUACAGGGGAGAAAAAUAAAAAUAGUGGUAGGAAUAAACGAGCAGUGUUGCGCUGAAGGCCCUGUUCUCGUCUUAUGUUAUGUUAUAAUUUAAUAUUUCCAAAUUUACCAUGUGCCACUCAUUCGUCCUUUAUCAUUUCCUUUCUGGUCACAGAGCCUUGAUUAUUACUCUCAAAACUAAUUUAAGUAAACUACAAGAUUACAGAGCUAUAAUACCUCGGAAAAGAAAGCUAAUUUUGGACUGGAUUUACUGUAGUGGAAAACUAGUCCACGCGUUAUUGAAACCCUGUUUUGGCUAUUUAUGUUGUGUGAACGUAUUUGUUCAACAACUGGUGAUGCAGAUGGGGUCCCUGCAGUAAUACAAACUGCAAUUCUGUGUUUCCACUAGAUGGCAGAGAAAUAUCUGUUGGAUUUUAUUAAAUUAUAACGUCAUUAUAAUGUUUCUAUUGUGCUAUGGUUAUAAGCAAUUUUUUUUCUGAAUGGGAGGCGGUUCAGAAUCAGUAUGGUAUUCUGGAGCUGAAAUAAUUUGAUCAGAAUUUAAAAUGGGAUACUUAAAUUUUGCGGAUUCCUUUAACCAGGGCAAGAGCUUGAAUUAUCAAUUAUGCUCAAGAUUUUACCUGUUUCAGAGUUGAAUGUACCCUUCAUUCAAAUAAGUCACUUCCCUGAGUGUAAUGGUUUUUAAACUUGGGGCUGACUGAAACAUGCAGUAAUUAAGGAAACCAAAAAAAAAAAUAGCAGGAACCACAGGAUCCCCCUUUAGUCUGUUUACUGUGUGCAUAUUAUAUUUCAGUGCAUUGUGUGACAAAAUGAAUGUUUAUAUAAAUGUAUUCAUUUAAAAUAAAGAUUUGCAGACAAC